GUUUAAUGGCACACUAGCUACAGAUAUAAAAUACGCUGACGGGUCUGUGUCAUGGUAGCCGAUUUAUUUUAGAGCGAUAUACAACUCUAGUUAGCUACUUUAGCUAAUUUAAGCUAAUCGGUUUUCUUGCUAGCAUUUCUGACAACCUCAGCCUUACUCUGUUUGCUCAAUUUGAUUUUUAUCAAAGGGUCGCGCUUGAUAAUACCACUAUGAUAGCUAAAUCCUUUCAUCUAAGCUGACCUUCCCCACUUUGAUCAAUGGGUGGCGCCAACAUAUCAUGCAUCAGAGUCGGAGCAGUCAACCCACGUGUAGUCACUUCCUGUUAGGGGGGAGUCCUGAUCAACACACGGGAAUAUCUGUUUUGGAGUGUUUUUAAGCUAUGGAUGAAUUACCUGCGGAUCUUAAAGCCUUUCUUCUGAACCACCCGUUUCUUCAGCUUACAGAUGCCAAAAAGAUCAAAUGCACUCUGAAUGGCCAUGAGUUUCCAUGCAACCUGACGGAGAUAGAGAAGUUCACUAAAGGGAAGAAGUAUGAGAAGCUGAGUGCCGCAGCAGACUUCAACUACAGCCAGUAUGAGCCACACAUUGUACCAAGCACAAAACAAGCCAAUCAGCUCUUCUGUAAGCUCACCCUCAGACACCUCAACCGGCAGCCUCAUCAUGUCUUGAGACAUGUUAAUGGGAAACGCUUCAAGAAAGCCCUCUCCAAAUAUGAAGAGUGUGUGAAGCAAGGGAUUGAAUUCGUCCCAGCUAGACUCAAACAGAAAAAGCCCAGAGACACUGGAGAGGAGGUCAAUCACGGGAGGCCCUCAAAACAUGGGAGCAGCUCGUGGGAGCCCUCAUCCAGUGACGAGGAUCAUAGUGACUCAGAAGACAGCAUGAGUGACCUCUAUCCACCAACAAUAUUCACUUUAAAAAACCAGGCGGAAGAAGGUAAAGAGGGUGACGGGGAAGAGGAAGACGACUUCCAAACAGAUGAAGAGGAAGAAAUGGAGGUGGAUAAGCCGGCGCUGCAGAAACGCAAGAAGGUCCAGGGCGGAGGUUUUCAGAAGAAAUUCAGAAAUAACCACUGGAAAUCAGGGCGUAAGAAACAUGGGAAAGUGCCGAAUGGAAAGUAAAAAGCAAAACCAAAUAUGUACAGUAUUUUUAUACCUGGUAGUUUGUCAGGGAGCAACACUGCACUUCCAGUUUGGAGUCGUACUCCUGUUUGAUCCAGCCUGACCUUUUGUAUAUGUGAACAUCUGUUUCAUAUUUUCCGCAUAUGAAAGGUGUCCGUUUUCUGAGCUGUGAUGUUGCACAGCUCAGACGAGAGUGGUUUACAUGAAGUGGAAAAUGUGUUAGUGGCAGUAAACACAUAAUUUUAACUGGAUAAGUUGUAUUGUCUGGUUGCAACCAAGUGUUCAAGUAUAAAAUACAUCUCAGUUUGGAUUUGCAAA